GAGGGUGCUCACAGAAACAAAGAAAGACCCAACGGCCAACACCCAAUAACGCACGUCCCCUUGCUCUUGGGAGAUGGGACUCAACUUUUAAGUAGUAAACAAACUCGCAUCGCUUCCCACUUCCAAACCCUAAAAACUACCUCCUUUCUUCCCCAGCCAAACCUCUCUCUCUCUAACUCUACCUCUAGAUCUCAAUCAACUCACAAAACCCAACUCACCUUUCAUUUCCUUUAAAUGUAACACAUCCGAGAAAACACACAAGAAAAGGGUGUCUUUUUAAGAUUUACUACAACAUGGCCUCAGCUUGUGUUAACAACAUGGGCAUGUCCCCUGAAAAUUUCCCACCCAAAACUUACCAAUCUUAUGGCUGGUUAAGCCCGAGAAUCUCUUUUAGCCGUGAAGAGGAUAGUAAUAACACAACCACCUCUAAAACCACCUCCGCCAAAUCAUCAUCAUCAUCAGCAGCAGCAGCAGCAGCUGCUGCAGCCUCCUCAGCUCCUCUACCCCCACCUCAUACACAGCAACUAGAUCCACCGGAGAUCAUGGACUCUGUCGACUUUGAGUUCCGAUUAGACAACUCCUUCACCAUGCUUCCUGCAGAUGAGCUGUUUUCUGAUGGGAAAUUAAUGCCAUUACAAAUCAAUACUGGUAACGCCAAACCUUCUUUACCACCAUCUACUUCUACCUCGGUCAACGAGUUGACUGAGGCGGUGAGGCUGCCGGAGCCCGGGAGGGAGCCGGUGAAGUCUUGCCGGAGAUUGGAGAUGGAGAUUUCCGGGACCGAUCCAUACUUGUUUUCCCCCAAAGCUCCCAGAUGUUCGAGCCGGUGGAAGGAGCUUCUGGGUUUAAAGAAAUUACACCAAAACCCUAAGCCUGAAACUCAAAAACCAUCAACCAGGACGGCAUUGUUUGCUUCGUCCUCGUCGAAUCCCAAGUCCCUUAAACAUUUCUUGCACAGGAACUCAAAAACCUGCAAUUGCAACACAUCGUCCUCAAGCUCCUACACCUUAUUAGACCAUUCAUUGAGUCUCCCACUGCUAAGAGAUUUGGAUUGCGAAUCGCUCUCCAUUUCUUCUCGCUUAUCGCUGUCAUCUUCAUCUUCAUCCCAUGAGCACGAAGAUCUCCCAAGAUUAUCCCUCGACUCUGAUAAACCAAGCACCAACCUCAACUUAAUGCAAAACCCAGGCCCGAAUCCAUUCAUUCUCAACCGAAAUCAAAACCAAAACCCACCAAGAAUGAGAAUGGUGAAGCCAUUAUCAGAGAAUGGAAACAACAAUAGCGGAACCUCUUCAACCACAAGGGUAGGGAGGAGCCCAAUGCGGAGGGCAGCAGGGGAGUCGAGUGAGGUUUCAAUAAGUAGUGGGGUUUCAGUGGAUAGCCCGAGAAUGAAUUCAUCAGGGAAAAUAGUAUUUCAAAGCUUGGAAAGAAGUUCAAGUAGUCCAAGUAGUUUUAAUGGAGGGCCAAGAUUUAAACAUAGAGGAAUGGAGAGAUCUUAUUCGGCUAAUGUUAGAGUGACUCCAGUUCUUAACGUUCCUGUUUGUUCUCUUAGGGGGAGUUCAAGGUCAGGUUUUGGGUUCGGUCAGUUGUUUUCUUCUUCACCGCAAAAAAGAGAUGGCUUUAGCAAAGGGUAUCAGCAGCAGCAGAAUAUUACUAGCAGCAGCAACAAGUACAGGUCUGAGAGGUUAACAGAGAAGAGAAGAGAGGCAUAGAGAGAAGGGUAACAGCAACAACAUUUUAGUUUUUUUCUUUUUUUUUUUGAAUUUAUGUUAUUAUGGGUUUUGUUUUAAAAAAAAAAAAAUACCACAUGACAUUGAUGCUUUAGGUGUUUUGUACAUACGAGGGAAGGGGUUUCUCUUUGCUUCUGUUAUUGUUGUUUCUUGUUCGUAGAAAGUAUCGAAAGUGUAGCUGCUGUUGUUCUAUUGAGGUAAAGCUAACCAACCCAGAUGCUCAAAAUGCAGAACCAAAUCAAUUUAUGUGUUGAGCUUGUUGAAGGUCUAUUUUCU